AUGGCCCCCGGCAAGGGCCACAGAAAGUCCUCGAAGAAGGAAAACAAUCCAUUCAAGGUACCGGAGGAUGCGCUAUUAUUGUCUUAUUGGCAUUACCUAAGAGCAUCGGAAAAACGCCCCAAAGUCAAGAAAAAAUCUCGCAAAGAACUCUGUGGGUACUUGGCCGCGGAAAAGGCGAAGGCUGCUAAAGAGUCCGAAAGCGAGAUUAUUGACAACUUAAUGAAAAAAAUAUCCACCAGGAGUGCGGGAACCUCCUUUUCGAGGCUUCGCUACGUGCAAGAUAUAAGACUGCUCUGCAAGAUGCGAUUGCUAAGCGGGAAGAAGCGCGACGGCUGCAUCCUGCUGGAUCAGAAACUUGCCUUGGAGCGGAUGAAAUAUCGGUCGUGCAAGAAGCAGUACAACGAGUGCGUGAGAAUCCUAGAGCUCUUCCUGGCCGAAGACCACGAGAAGAGUAUGCGCGCCAUGGAUAUGGCAAGCGCCGAGAUUAAGUUCACCGAGCAGCUAACUGUCCGUCGGGACGAGCUCUCGCACCUCUGCGGCAAGGCCCGGAUCGAGGUCUAUCAGUGGGAGGAGACCUGGCGCACGGUCAAGGCUUGCCUUCGUUUCCUGCAUCUCAUCUCGCCGCGCACAAAUGAGAAUCCGACCGUGGACGAGCGUCCCGAUGACACCUACUCCUUGAAGUCCAAGUCCAUCGAUAGCAACUAUGGCAAAACCACCUCCCUCGACUCCCUCAUCGAGAUGUUCGAGAAGGAUGAGCAAGAGCUCUCGAAAUCCCAUUUCAAGAACCCGAUGGAGCUCGGGCUGAUGAGCGCCGAAGACAUACUGGAAACCUUCCGCGAGAUCGAGUUGCAGAACCUUAACGCCCUGAUUCACCUCGAAUCCCUUGGCAACCCGGUAACCGACAUGAUCGCGAAGGUCAGCGUUGCCGAGAAGGACGUAAAGCUCGAAAUCAAUUAUAUCCUCAACGACAUAGUGUACCUCCAGAUGGAGAUCGAGCGGGAGGAGCAGCGGGCGAAGCACAUGGAGAAGUACAGCGAUCAGCUGAUCAACGAGGCGUUGCGCGAACUCAUCACCUCGCAGCCGGCCCUCCAGGUGCGCAUCAUCGUCGAGGACGCGUACGAGAGCUGUGUGCCGCAGAACCCUGUCAAGCUGGAGCCCUUGAUGAUGACUCAGGCACUCGAGGACAUCUAUGAGCAGCUGAGCUCCGAGCUCGACAGUCUGCCGCGGCAUAUCGUCCUCGAAUGCGAGCACGAGGGCUUCAAGAAGGAGCUGCGCGAAACCCUGGAGGCCGAGGAGGCUGCCGACAAGUUCGAGCUGAUGCAUCGGUUACUUGCGACAGUGAAGCGUCUCAUGGAGCCGACGGCCCCCAAAAGUCGGCCCUUGAUGAAACGCUCGGUACCAGCGACAAGCAAAGUAGUGAUAGAUGAAACAACGGCUUUGGUAAAUGUAAAGCCGGACAUCAACUUUUUUGAAUACAAUUGA